CGGGGAUCCUCGGAGCUGGAGAGGCGCGUCCCGAUGGGAGAGAGCGGCAUGGCCUUCCCUUUGGCUCCGGCGCUGGACUCCUUCAAGUACUGCGAGCUGCAGAGCUUGGCCAAGAGCUUGGGCCUCCGGGCCAACCUCCGGGGAGACAAACUUUUAAAAUCAUUGAAAGAACACUUUCAACAUGAGCUCAAGAAAGAAAAUAAGAGUCAGAAUGGCGGAAGUAAUAUCUCUGCUUCCUCUCGUAAAGAGACAGAAAUGCUUGAUGGCAAUGAAGAAAAACCUGACCAGGAAGCUGCAGCUGCCUCUGCCACUUCACCCCUGGGAGGAGGCAAAGCAACUCCAGGAAACAGUGGCUCCGAGGAUCAUUCAGAGAUGAUAGAAAGUGAUUAUCCUGGGUCUCCCAGACAGAAAAAAUAUCAAAAGGGGAAUCUCUUAGCCAUUGCAGAAGCCACAAAGCCAUCCAAAGAUAAGCAAAAGAACAAAUGGACACUUUGCUCUGAAGAAAAUGAAAUGGAAGAUGAUACUCUUUUAAAUAUCCCUUCAGGAGGAAAGAGCCCUCAUCGUAGAGAUGGUUUAUCCAAACCUAAGAAAAAGAAAACAAUAUUUACAACUCCAAAUUUUAAGAAGAUUCAUGAAGCUCAUUUUAAGGAAAUGGAAUCUAUUGACAAGUAUAUUGACCGAAAAAAGAAACGUAUGGAAGUCCUUAACAACUCAGUGAAAGAAUUAAGGAUAUUAGCUAAAAAAGCUAACCUAACUGGAACUCCCCAUAGUAAUUCCAAGAAAAGCUCAUCUAAGAGGGUAAUGAGCCCGGUUCCUCAGAGAGGCAGGCCCUCUUCUACCUUCACUCCAGUCAGUCCACGACGCUCACUUCGUAAAUCUCUUGGGACUGCGAAUCGAAGUAUCUUGUGUCAGAAACCGUUCAAGCCAUCUACCCUCUCAACUAACAAAAUGAAUGUCAGGUUCUCAGAGGCUACUCAAGAUAAUGAGCAUAAACGCUCACUGACCAAGACUCCAGCCAGAAAGUCUCCGUAUGUCAGCAUGCUUGACACCGAGCCUAAAUGCCAGACUGUCCUGGUGAAGAAUAAGGAAAAGGAAGCCAGUCAAGCCAAGGCUGAACAUACUCCAGCUGUUACCCCAUUCAAGUUUACAGCUGAGGCUGUACAGACUCCAGUCAGUAAUAAGAAACCAGUAUUUGAUCUCAAAGCAAGUCUUUCCCGUCCGCUUCGCUACGAGCCACACAAAGGGAGGCUAAAACCAUGGGGGGAACCUAAAGAAAAUAUUGCUCUGAAUGAGACAACAAAUAGAAUUGACUGCCACAAAAAAACUUACAAACAGCCACGUCUCCAGACCAGAGAAGAGCAACGGAGGAAACAUGAGCAGAAAAGGAAAGAGAAGAAAGAUGGUGUCCUUGGAACUCGAAGAGGACUAGUCAUGCUUGGGGACUAACAAUCUGCCAAGCAUUCUGUAGAUAUUCUUAAUUAUGAAUCUUUUAUGCUUCUGUAAAUAUUUCUGUAUUUGUUUUGUCAUUGUAAAUUUCAUCCAGCCUGUCCUAACUCUGUUCUCCCCUACUUACCAUAUUAACCUGCUACUAACCACUGUCAUUGAAAUAGUGAUACUAUCACCUUACAAAUGUUUCAUUUAUAAACUCUGGCAAAUUAUCUAAAAUGGUCUUUCCCUAACUCUUUUUUGUUUAAUAAAGUAGAGCCUCUUAACCCUUGAACUAGAUUUUUAAUGUCACAUGUACUCUUGUAGUCCUAGGGUUUCAAAUAACUUGCAGGCAUAACCUUUUCCACAUUUUAAAUAGUGGGAGAAAAGGAGAAGGUAGAAUAGAAGACUCCUCUGAACUUCUAGAGAACUUAUUAACUAAAAAUACUAAACCCUAACUGAGUAAGCAUCAAUAUAAAAAAAAGUCAAGCUUCAAUGUUUUCUUAGCCUUUUCCUUAUAUAACUGUUCUCUAUAAAUACAUAUUCGUUGCUAAUUUGUUAUUAGAUGCCAUACUUCACAUUUAUGCCCUGAAUGCUUUCAAGACUAAAUCAAAAGGAUCAUGCUCACAAGAAUCUUUUAAUUCUUAUUUCUUUAAAUUAGUUUUCAAGAUUAGUGUUCUCUGUAACCUAGUGUCUUAUUCAAAGGAUGUAAAAGACUGCAGAUACUUAGAAUUAUAGCCAUCUCUAUUGACUUUAAAUUUUACAUUUGGCACAGUCUCUGUCAUUAAAAUACUGUACCUAAGCUAACCUGUUAAAAGAUUUCUACUGCUUUGUAAGAUUUUUAUAAAUAAAAUUAAAACUUAAAAUUC